AUGGAGGAGGAAUACCUAGAAGUUGGAUUUGAUCCAAAGACUUUGAAGGUCGCGCAGCUUCGAAGAAUACUCCUGGAGCAUGAAGUGACUUUAACCACGGGAUUAAAGAAGGCAGAUCUUUGUGAGCUUUUUGAAAGGCACAUCAAGCCCCGAAGAGAAGAAUUGUUAAAAAUUAAGGAAAUGGGACCUGGAAAGGAAGUAUUUGAGCAGUCCAGUGAGAUUUCGGUAUCUCGUGAAGCAUCUGCAGGGCGUUCAGAAUCGCCUUUCUCUGGUGUAAACGAUUUUCAACAAGAGAGUGUGCUUCCACAGAAGAGAAGACGCGACAAGGAUACUGGUAAAGAAAAGAAGAAGAAAGGACGUAGGGCCAAGACUGUGGAAUCGCCAAUUGUUGAUAAGGUCCAGCACAUGAAGAGUCCCUCCAAAUCUUCUCCUCACAAAUCGCUGGUGAUCGAGAAAUUCGAGUCUUCAUCGGAUCAUUCAUCUAACUCGGAUGACAUCGCUGAUUUCUCCUUCAGACGGAAGACUGUAUCUCCAGAUCUUUCUAAACUGAGAGUUAGUCCGGCGUUUGCAGAGCAACUAUUGAGGGCCGCUAAACAAUCCCAAAGCACCCCAACGAAGAACGUUAAACUUGAAGAAGAAGAGAACCAUACUCCUAACGAGCAUAAGAACACCCCAUCACAUUUAUCAUCUACUGCAAAAUCAAGAAGCGUGAGCAAAGAAGCAUCUUUCGAAAAUAUGCCCUCAUUCUCAGGCAUUAAAGAUGAAAGCAGUCCGAUUCGCAUUGCGAUACCCAAGCGCACUCCUGACAUAAACGAAGAAGAACAUGAAGAGGAAAACGAAAAAUUAACUACUGAUCGGGAUUCUGUCCAAAAUAAAGGACUCUCAGCUACUGCUGAACCUUCAGAAAGUUCGAAAUCAGAUAGCGAUAGUCCUGCCACGCCUCUUGCUGAUCAAGAAGAAGACAAUGAAACAGUUGAAUCCUCUGAAGCAGAAGACAACGAUGAUUCUAUUGCAGUGACGGACCUCGAAAAAGAAGUGAGCAUGCAGAAAAUAACAACCCCUGAGUUGGCAACGGAGGAUGACGUGAAAAAGAUAGAGGAGGAUGUAACAGAAGCUGAAAAAAGCCAAUCAGACAUACCUAAAAAAAGAACGGUGCGUCCUCUUCUCUUAAAGGCUGUCAAGCGAAGUUUCAAAGGUCUCUUUCAUUUAGUGAUAUUUUUGAGUGUCAUUUUGUCUAUCUUGUUCGGCUUAUGGUAUCGUGAAGAGCGUAUUCAGGUGGGCUACUGUGGACGUGAAAUCAAUCUACCGACUUUCCAAAACCCUGAUAACUUACCUUGGUUAGAGAAUGCAGAAAUAUUCUUGCAACAAUUCAAACCAAAAUGUCUGCCGUGCCCUGAGAAUGCCAUAUGUUAUCCAUAUAUGAAAAUCAAGUGUAGACCAGACUAUGUGGUGACGCAUUCAGCUUGGAGUUUGCAUGGGCUCUUCCCCGUGAGUGACUACUGUGUUAAAGACUCUAAAAGAGAGAAGCUCAUAUCCGAAGUAGUAAAGAAGUCACUUGAGUUACUCAGAACCAAAAAUGCGCAGGUCAAAUGUGGAGAAAGCGAGAACGACUUUGAGAGCGGAAUAAGUAACGAGGAAUUAUACCAGAUCUUUUACGAGUCUCGCGCACCUUGGAUCAAUAGCGAAGAGUUUGACGAUCUAUGGGUUCAGAUCGUACAAGACUUGAAAAACGAACCCGAAAUUACCUGGAGGCAAUUACCAACCCCUGAAAGUGACACUACAGGAAACAGCGACAGCCCAACUGACGCCGAUGACAUUCAGGAACCGGAGGGAGAUUUUCAAAACAUCAAGAAGCAAGGGACUUUUCGCUCGACAUCCAAGAAGUACAUCGGUCUCAAAUGCAAGUUUGAACGAGAAGUUCAUCAAACUUAUCAGAGAUUCAAGUACGUGAUAUGGACAAUUGUGUUGAGCGUUGUAGUCGUGGAGGGGCUCAAGUACAAGCUUCGUAGAUACUUCAGACAGCAGGAAAAAAUCGAUCAACUCACGCAGCAAGUCUUGGUCAAACUACGUGGUGCUGCCAGGGAUGCCGAUGACUCAAAACCACCUUAUCUGAGUACGGUUCAACUGAGGGAUGUCCUCCUGGUCGACAUUGUUGACUUGAAGGACAAGAACCAGUUGUGGCAGAUGGUGUCCAAGAAGUUGGAAAACAACAACACCAACAUCAAGUCUAGUCUCAUGGAGCUGCAUGGAGAGAUCAUGAAGUGUUGGCAAUGGAUCGGGCCCCUCGAGGACGAGUAG